AUGAAGGAACAAAUGGAAUUUGGAGAACUGAAGAAAAGUUUCACGAACAUGGAGGUUUCGUUUCCAAUCUUUCCUACGACACCGCCAAAGUCGACCAGUCCAACGAAAAUCAACUUCAUCACGUCGAGUAUUCCGCUAUCCGACGCAAGGAUCAUGAAUCUGAUUUUCCUGUCUGUGGGGGUCAGCCUGAAUCUCUUAAUCAUAUCGGUGAUCGCUUUCAAAUCCUCCAUGAGAACGUCCAUAAAUCUGUAUAUCGUUAGCUUCGCUUGCUCGAAUAUGGUGAUCCUGAUCGAACCACUUGAGGAAAUGCUUCGAUGGUUCUUCAACGUGAACAUGAAAUUAAAUAUGGACUACGUCUGUAUGAUCAGUUUCGACGUUUCCGUCAUCACGAUCGCGAUCCUGAAGUUCAUGCUGUACACCAACAUCUUCCAAGAGCAGAUAUCCUUCGGGCGAACGUUGCUCAAGAGGUUCACCAGUAUAAAAGGGAUCUUGUUGAUUUGGUGCUCGUGUAUCAUAUCGCUGGCUAUCGGUCUCCAUAUAUACGAUUUUUUCGAAGGUGACAUGGCGGAUAUUUACGUGUGGAACACGAUUAUGUUCAUCGCCAUGCCGUUCAUUAUAUUCGUGGCAAUCGAUAGUUUGAUACUUUACGAACUGGUGAUAUUGAAAAUGAUCGAGGGAUCGUGGCGAAAGAAAUACUUGAGGCACUAUGUGAUGCUGGUGAUCACAGCAAUCGCUUUUUUCUUGAUUCGAACGCCAUACAGACUGGCUAGAGCGAUUAAUUUCAUAGAGCCUAAGGCGUUGUGCUGUACAGACAGCAGGAGAGAGGUGCUCUAUUUCAUGGCCAAGACAUUCCCAAUUAUUUCCUCGAUCAUUUACAUUUCAUCAUCGGCUGAAUUUCAGAAAGCCUUUCAGGAAAUAUUAAAUUUUCAGUGCAGAAGAUCUACCAAAGAAACUAACAACGAUACAAUCAUCUAA